AAGAGCUCAAGAUGAUUCCUUGUCCCACCUCCAUCUAUCCUCAUCUCAUCUCCCGUAACCGCUGUUCGCACACCUCGAUAGGAGGCCAGCUUUUUCGUAUCCGUUAUCUUGGCCCCACGUCUGAAUUUUAACCUUUCUCUCCUCGCUUCUUGUCCCUCUCUUUCUGCUCUUAAUAUCACCCUGGACGCACGGCCACGAUGACUUUGCCCUGGCGCGGCGCCUACGUCGUUCUAUCUCUCGAUCCAGCGUCAAGUCUGAAGGACAUCGACGAUCCCAUAGUGAACGAAGACCUGCGAAAGAUGAAGUGCGGUAGAUAUGUGGCGACAGCGACGGAGGAUCAUCACCCUCUUUCCGCGCUUAUGCCACAGCGCACGUUUAGCUGGGACUUUGUUGUUCAGGGCAUGCCUUCCGAUGCCCCAGAAGUCUUUUUCAAGUCAUACAUGACUGUUCCCAUCCUACCCAACACUACGCAUCCAGAAAGCAGGCGCCCAGUCGAGCCCCUCCCUCAUCUUCCCUGGGAAGGUUGCUAUCAUGCCCGGCUUUACCGGACGGUCGCGAUUUGCGAGACCCUCGACACGGAAGAGAACCCACAGUCGUGCCUCUCCCCGGAAGAGGCAGCCGUUCUCGACCAGUAUAUCUCAACCGACAACAACUAUUCUGUGCUGUGCGAGCGCGCAAAGCAAGACGGCGAAUAUCCGCCGUUGCACGACGUUCCCGCGCAGGUUUUGAUGGCCAUACGUCUUGCGAAUAAGCGCCGGCGCGCGGAUGGCAAGCCCUGGUGGGCCAUUGUUUGCGAGCGUGCUCAGAAGCGACAAGCAGAGGAGGCGGCUCAGGCCGUCGCGUUUCAAAGUUCCACCCUUCCUACGACCGUAUCACCGCUGAGCGACCACACCCCUAUCUCGCAAGAGAUGGAUUCUGCACCGUCCCGUGAGCUCUCACUGCCGCCUAUUGUUGCCGAGACGCCCACCGUCCGCCCUUCGCCCGCUGCUCAGGCUACACAAGAGCGCCAGGGAAGCGGCUCCGACAGCGGCUCGGACGCCUGCUCAGUCUCUGGACCCGAGGACAUGCUUGCCGCGCUCCUGGGACUUGAUGAGCUCGAGAAGCAAUUACCCUGGGUCAAGAUCGAGUCCUACAACAUCCAGCGGUUCGACGUCCCGCCGCAUCCAUCUGGGUUCUUCGAGGAGCUGAAGGAAUUAGAAAGGAUUAGAAGUGACUAUAUCGAACGUCAGAAGAAGCGUUUGGAGGACGUCCAACGCCAGGACGCCGACUAUAUGGCGUCGAUUGAGGCGCGUGGGCGCCCGGUCUCGGGACCUGCGAAGCAAACCCUGGCGACCAGAAUCUCAACGUCGACGAAGCGCGUUAGACGUUUGAUGAGUCGGGGCUCUCGUGCCAAAGAGACUACCCCGGCGAACAUUGAAGCAGUUCGAGCGUCGACGGAGGCUUCGGGCCCUCCCGCAUCAAAGAAGUCGCAUGCCAUUCAGCGACUUCGCCACUUGAUUUUCUCUCGCAUCACCGUCAGCGCUGCGUAGUACACCGGCGCCGCUUAGGGCCGUGUACUGCUCCUUCCCUGUCGGGCGGUUCAACGUAGCAGAACGGGCUAUCAGAAUAUUUAACAUUGUGUCGGCUCAAUAUAAUCUUGCGGAUCUCCC